AUGGAUCGCCGUUUCAUCUUUGCUCUCUUCCUCUUCGCCGCCGUAGCAACCGCCGUAACCGACAACACCAACGACGACUUCAUAAUCCGUCAAGUUGUCGACAACGAAGAAGAUCACUUGUUAAACGCAGAGCAUCACUUCACUUCCUUCAAGUCAAAGUUCAGCAAAAGCUACGCAACGAAAGAGGAACACGAUUACCGAUUCGGCGUGUUCAAGUCGAAUCUAAUCAAAGCGAAGCUCCACCAGAAGCUCGAUCCUACCGCGGAGCACGGAAUAACGAAGUUUUCCGAUUUAACGGCGUCUGAGUUUCGCCGUCAGUUUCUCGGACUAAAGAAACGUCUCCGUUUGCCAGCUCACGCUCAGAAGGCGCCGAUCCUCCCUACCACCAACCUCCCGGAGGACUUCGAUUGGCGUGAGAAAGGCGCCGUUACUCCCGUCAAGGACCAGGGUUCAUGUGGUUCAUGUUGGGCGUUUAGCACAACCGGAGCUUUGGAAGGAGCACACUAUCUGGCUACUGGGAAGCUAGUAAGCCUUAGCGAACAACAGCUUGUGGAUUGCGAUCAUGUGUGUGAUCCAGAGCAAGCUGGCUCAUGUGACUCUGGCUGUAAUGGUGGAUUGAUGAACAACGCAUUCGAAUAUUUACUCGAGUCUGGGGGAGUAGUGCAAGAAAAGGACUAUGCUUACACCGGAAGAGAUGGCUCCUGCAAAUUUGACAAAAGCAAAGUUGUUGCUUCCGUAUCUAACUUCAGUGUGGUUUCCCUAGACGAAGACCAAAUUGCUGCAAAUCUUGUAAAGAAUGGCCCUCUUGCAGUUGCUAUUAAUGCGGCCUGGAUGCAGACAUACAUGAGUGGCGUCUCAUGCCCAUACGUCUGUGCCAAAGCGCGUCUAGAUCAUGGUGUUCUUCUAGUUGGUUUUGGAAAAGGUGCUUAUGCUCCCAUUCGAUUGAAGGAAAAGCCUUACUGGAUCAUUAAGAACUCUUGGGGGCAGAAUUGGGGAGAGCAAGGAUACUACAAGAUUUGCAGAGGUAGAAAUGUAUGUGGAGUGGAUUCAAUGGUUUCAACUGUAGCUGCAGCUCAAUCCAACCAUUAA